GGCGGUGUAACACGACGCUUCGGGAGUCCUGCAUCAUCACAUGGCAGAUGGAAAUUUCCACUCAGUCUUCUCGCUUCGUUAAAUGUAAAGGGUCUCCAACUCUUGUCUCCACUAGUCCGCCUGCUAGCUGCUGCAGCUGUCCGCCACACCGAAACAUUAGGUCUUUUGUAACAACUUCUAGCAGAGGUUGAGGAAGAAGCACAUCACCGCCUUGUGAAUACCAAACCCUGAAAAACUGAAAAUCGAACUUCUCCGCCUCUCGCCCUGCCGUGCACCACUAUGCCGGGAGCCGUGGAUCGUAUGGAGCUAAGUAAAGUCUCCACAGAGGCUGAUGAUGACAGCAACGACAGCCUGGAUGACCGCUUCACAGAGCCCAUCGACUCUGAGAAGGCCACCAUUGACAGUCAGUUUAUGGAUGACAAUGAGGACGGAGAAAGCCAGAAGUUCCUGUCAAAUGGUUUGAUGAAGAAGAAGAAAUAUGACGAAUACCAUGAAGAAUAUCAUCCCGGCCACACCUCCUUCGGGAUGUCUGUGUUCAACUUGAGCAACGCUAUCAUGGGCAGCGGCAUCCUGGGCCUGUCCUACGCCAUGGCAAACACUGGCAUUGUGCUCUUUACAAUCCUCCUCGUCGCUGUGGCCAGCCUCUCCUUAUAUUCUGUACAUCUUCUCCUUAUGACAGCUAAAGAAGGAGGAUCCCUCAUCUAUGAGAAGCUGGGAGAGAGAGCAUUUGGUUGGCCCGGGAAAAUGGCAGCAUUCGGAUCCAUAAUUAUGCAGAAUAUUGGAGCCAUGUCCAGCUACCUCUUUAUCGUGAAGUAUGAGCUACCUGAAGUGAUAAGAGCCUUCUUGGGUUUAGAUGAAAUCUCUGGUGAAUGGUACCUGAACGGGAACUACCUGGUGGUGUUUGUGUCCAUUGGAAUCAUUCUGCCUUUAUCGAUCCUUAAAAAUCUGGGCUACCUGGGCUACACCAGCGGCUUUUCCCUUUCCUGCAUGGUCUUCUUCCUGGGUGUGGUGAUCUACAAGAAGACCCAGCUGCCCUGCCCCCUUCCUUUCUUUUACCACCACUCGGCCAACCUCAGCAUGAACGCCACAGACAUACAGGGGUUGUACCCGCUAAACAACUCGGCGCACAUAGAUUUCUCCCGGUCCGACGUUUCCCCGGCGGUGCUCGGCACCUACGACGGCCACCACUCCACCGGCGUCCACGUCGAGCCUCACCCCGACGACGAGGAGAUGUGCACGCCCAAAUACUUUGUCUUCAACUCACAGACGGCGUACACUGUGCCCAUCCUGGCCUUCGCCUUUGUCUGCCAUCCGGAAGUGCUACCUAUCUACAGUGAGCUGAAAGAUCGCAGCCGGAAAAAGAUGCAGAACGUCUCCAACCUGUCCAUCCUGACUAUGCUCGUCAUGUACAUGCUGUCAGCACUGUUUGGCUACCUCACCUUCUAUGACAACGUAGAGGACGAGUUGCUCCACACCUUCACUAAAGUGUAUAAGUUUGACACAUUGUUGCUGCUGGUGCGUUUGGCUGUUCUCACUGCCGUCACUCUGACUGUCCCCAUCGUGCUGUUCCCUAUCCGCACCUCCAUCAACACACUGCUGUUCAGCAAUCGAGACUUCAGCUGGACUCGCCACAUGCUGAUUGCCGCCGGCAUCCUGGCCUUCAACAACAUGUUGGUCAUCUUCGUCCCCACCAUCAGGGACAUCUUCGGCUUCAUCGGUUCCUCUGCAGCCACUAUGCUCAUCUUUAUUCUACCUGCUGCCUUUUACAUCCGCCUGGUCAAAUCAGUGCCGUUCCGCUCCCCGCAGAAAAUCGGGGCUGCCGUCUUCCUAGUCGUGGGAAUCAUCUUCAUGAUUGGCAGCUUGUCACUCAUCGUCCUCGACUGGGUCCACAACCCCCCAGGCUCCAGCGGCGGUCACUAAGCUCCCUCCUCAGAUUCACAUUUGACAGUGCAGCAAACCAACCACCCCCCCUUCAUCAAAUAACAAACAUCAAUUAUAAAACCCUCAACAUAUGGACAUAAUAUGCUGCAUAGAAUAUCACUGGAGGGAGACUUUUUUGGCUCGGUUUCAAUUUUGUUGUUGCUGUAAAAGUUCACAACACAAACGAGAGAAUCAAAAAA